AUGGAUUCUUAUCCUGACGUACAAGAACACGAAUCCUGUGCAAAAAGAAUCAAACUCGACCUUAGCGAGUCUAAUAUUGGUGAAUUGUGCAAAGGAGAAGGAUUUUCUUGUUUUUCCACAUCAUCUACGGGGCCGAUUGACAUCUCUGAAGGUAUCUCGGCGGACUGUGAUUCGGGAUAUGAAGCCUCCAAUCUAGAAUCGAUGGCAACGCCGCUACACCAUACCUCCCCGCGAACAGAUCCGGGCGACAUCCAAGAAAGCUUAUCCAGCGUAUCGGAAUCAUUUCUGAGAACGCCGACCCACACUGAUCAACAGGACACGUCUCAGGACAGUCUGGAGGUCGAGGACGACGAUGACAACGCGUCGACUGUCAGUGAGCUAAGCGGACUUUCCGAUUUGUCUGGACAGGAUUGGAAACCCAUGGCUGGGAGUAUGAUAUGGAUCCAACAGCAGAUGUCGAAAGGAGUCAAUCCCAGAGAAAUUUUGGCCGAAUUGGGUGUAGAUGGUGGACAAAUUCCAGAAUAUGUAGACGAUGUAACGAUAUGGAAACUUAUUAUAAAUAUGUUAUCGGAACCACCUCGUAGAAACAAAUUAAGACAUGUAAAUACCUUAGACGAUGUUGUACGAUUAAUGAAGGGUGCUCAAAAUAUUAUAGUGUUAACUGGUGCAGGGGUCUCUGUGUCUUGUGGUAUUCCAGAUUUCAGGUCCCGGGACGGCAUUUAUUCGAGACUGGCUAUAGAUUUUCCAAAUCUGCCCGAUCCACAAGCUAUGUUCGAUAUUAGUUAUUUUAGUCAAGAUCCUAGGCCUUUUUUCAAAUUCGCCAGGGACAUAUAUCCCGGAAAAUUCCAGCCCAGUCCUUGUCAUAGAUUUAUAAAAUUACUAGAAAAACACAGGAAACUUUUGAGGAACUACACCCAAAACAUAGACACUUUAGAAAAGGUAGCAAAUAUCGACAAGGUCAUUGAGUGUCAUGGUUCUUUUGCCACAGCGACGUGUACAAAGUGCAGUCACAAAGUCACUUGUGAUCAAAUCAGAGACAUUGUUCUUACACAGAAAAUACCUCUUUGCGAGGAGUGUCAUCCUGGUACAGAAAGCUCAGUUACUACAGACGAUAAUAGAUUAAAUGGCGAAGGAACCGACUAUAGGGAACUCGUAGCUUCAGGUAUCAUGAAACCGGACAUCGUUUUCUUUGGUGAAGGUCUUCCCGACACCUUUCACGAAGCGAUGACGGACGAUAAAUCGGUUUGUGAUCUACUAUUGGUUAUCGGUAGUUCGCUGAAAGUAAGACCGGUGGCGCUGAUACCGAGCAGUCUGCCUGCGCACGUACCUCAAAUUCUUAUCAACCGGGAACCCCUGACGCACUGUCACUUCGAUGUGGAACUGUUGGGCGAUUGUGACGUCAUCAUUAAUCACCUUUGUAGGCUAUUGGGUAACAAAUGGGAAGAAGGCAUCAACUCCGCGCAAGUUCUCCAACACGCCGACACGCUACUACCGCUAGACGAUCCGCCUCCCCCGGAUCCGCCCACCGCCGUAAUCGCCCAAUUCGUCUGCCCGCCCGACACGGAUUUGUCCACCUCCCUCCCUUGCACUUGCACCAACACCAACAGUACAAACGUCAACAACGUCAAUUCCUCGAGGCCGGAGAAUUGCAUGUGCUUCAACUACAAGUCAAUUAACGGAUGCGACGAUGCGGAAACGAAAAUCGGCAAAGAACGGCACAUGAGCAUCGAUUCAGCGAAGGAUUCGGGCAUCGGAGAGAAUUCUAAUUUUACCGACAAGUACGACGAAUCGGACGAGAAUUGCUGCGAGGAGAAGAGCAGCAGUUUUUGUUUGGAGAUUUGCAACGAGCCGUCCGCGUCGACGUCUUCGGCGGCGCCCGAGUCUGCGGAUGAAUUGAGGAGGAGUACGUCAGAUUUGAGGGGGUACUGGCAGCCUAAGGUUAAGAAAAGUCUGGCCGAAAGGUUGCCGCAAAAUUCCUUCCACCUCGUACCCCCGAGUCGGUAUAUCUUCCCGGGGGCCGAAGUGUACUACGAUCCUGACGAAAAACUGCACUACGAAGGCGAUACGUCGAAUUCGGACGAUUCGGAAAGCGAAUCAGAAUGCGGCAGUCAAAACGACUCGUAG